AUGAAUAUCAGAUGCGCAAAACCACAAGAUUUAAUGAACAUGCAGCAUUGCAAUCUACUCUGUCUGCCUGAAAAUUAUCAAAUGAAAUACUACUUCUAUCAUGGAUUAACAUGGCCUCAAUUAUCUUACGUUGCUGAGGAUGAUAAAGGCAAUAUUGUAGGAUACGUGCUAGCUAAAAUGGAAGAGCCUGAGCCAGGUGAGGAGAGCAAGCACGGUCACAUUACUUCAUUAGCUGUAAAAAGGCCCUUCAGAAGACUGGGAUUAGCUCAGAAGUUAAUGAAUCAAGCGUCAGCGGCAAUGGUUGAGUGCUUUGAUGCACAAUAUGUCAGCCUUCAUGUCCGCAAAAGUAAUCGUGCUGCACUCAAUCUUUACACGAACUCACUCGGAUUUAAAAUUCUCGAAAUUGAACCAAAAUAUUAUGCGGAUGGCGAAGAUGCAUACUCAAUGAGACGUGAUUUAUCGGAAUUGGCGAGGAAGAUCAACAAGUCAGAUAACUUUGUGGCUAAUGAAAAUUCAUACGCAAUCAAGCAUCAUAAUCACACUCAUCAUAAGUCUGAUGGACAUUGCUGUUAA